AUGAGGGGCAUGAGGGGAAAGACGAAAAAGGUCGAUAAUGAGACCGCCCCAACGGCAGGUGCCCCCACGGUCCCUGCGACUGGUGCUGCGACGUCAGGCGCGACGCCCACUGCCGCAGAAGCGUCACGAAGUUCCUUCGCGGGGGGUGAGCCGGGGAAAGAGGUCGCCGGCUUCACGUGGCCCGCGCUGGCCGCGGAGGUGCCACCUUCCGUCUCCAAGCAGGUGGCCAUCAUCGGUACCGGGCUUACAUUAGCCUUGUCCCUGGUCUCGCAGGGCAUCGCCGUGGCCUUGAUCGACCCGAGGCCCAGUUUCGAG